AAAGAAUGCAGGCAGAUGUACAGAACUGAGAUUCGGAUGGCUGGGAUGGCAGGAAAAGCCGGCAACUUCUAUGUACCUGCACAACCCAAACUGGCAUUUGUCAUCAGGAUCAGAGGGAUCAAAGGUGUGAGUCCAAAGGUCCGAAAGGUGUUGCAGCUUCUUUGCCUUCGCCAGAUCUUCAGUGGAACUUUUGUUAAGCUCAACAAGGCUUCCAUUAACAUGCUGAGGAUUGCAGAACCAUAUAUUGCAUGGGGGCACCCAGAUCUGAAGUCAGUAAAUGAGCUAAUCUACAAGCGUGGUUAUGGCAAAAUCAAUAAGAAACGAAUUGCAUUGACUGAUAACAGUUUGAUUACACGGUCUCUUGGUAAAUAUGGUAUCAUCUGCAUGGAGGAUCUGAUUCAUGAGAUCUGUACUGUUGGAAAACGCUUCAAAGCAGCAAAUAACUUCUUGUGGCCCUUCAAGUUAUCAUCUCCACGGGGGGGAAAUGAAGAAAAAGACAACCCACUUUGUAGAAGGUGGAGAUGCUGGUAACAGGGGAGACAAAAUCAAUAGGCUUAUUAGAAGAAUGAACUAAGGUAUCUGCCCUGAUUGUUUUUGUAAUCUGGUCAGUUAAUAAACAAU